GCUCCGCUGACAGGACCGGACGACGCUCCCUCACACCCUCGGCCGCCAUGGCGGGAGCCCGGACUCCCGCGCUCACACCAGGGGGCGGGGCUACCGGCGGGCGCUCGAGCUCGGGAGGCUGGCCCGUGACGUAGCGCGGUCGUCAUGGAAAUCAGCAAGGGGCGGGCUGGAGCCCCGCUGGACAUGCGCACUGACUGAGGCGGAGGCGCCGUAGCGGAACCUUCGCGUAAGCGCGGGUUGUUCGCUGUUUUUGGCCCGUGUGCACCUGCAGUCGGUUCGCGCCCACGGCAGCGGCUUUGGCGGUGUUCUACACAGGAUGGCCGGCGAGCCGAUCCCGAGCGAUCCUGGAAACUUGCCAAUUUUUGAACAACUGGGAUUUGACCAGAGUUCAGAUUUCUCAGACACACCAUUCCAGCAGAAAUUGGAUGAAGCCAAAGAGCAGAUUAAACGGGAGAUCAGGAAAGAGUUGAAGAUAAAAGAAGGUGCGGAGAACUUGCGGAAAGUGACAACUGACAAAAAGAACCUGUCCAAUGUGGAACAUGUCCUGAAAAACUCCAAUCGAAAACUGGAGAAGUUACACGAGCAGCUGCAGGACCUCAAUGCACAUAUUGUGGUGAAGGAUCCCGAGGAACUGCAAGAUGGACCUCAGUCUCCUGGUGCUUUAAGCCGGGAGGCUCGUUCGACCGCAAACAAGAACCGGAUUGUAGCACUUGAAAAGCAGCUUGACAUCGAGAUGAAGGUGAAACAAGGAGCUGAAAAUAUGAUCCAAACAUACACCAGUGGACCCAUGAAGGAUCGAAAGAUGCUGUCUGCUGCUCAACAGCUGUUGCAGGACAGUAAAACCAAAAUUGAAGUGAUUCGUAUGCAAGUCCGUAAAGCAAUACAGGCAGAUGAGAUGCAUGUAGAAGUUGAGGAUGGACAAGCCAAGCCAGAGAUAAGUCUCCUUGAACUGAGAAUUGAGGAAUUGCGGCAUCACUUUCGUGUGGAACAUGCAGUGUCAGAAGGUGCCAAAAACGUCCUUCGUCUGCUGGGCUCAGGGAAGGUACACGAUAAGAAAGCACUGUCUGAGGCUCAAUCCAGGCUGAACGAGUCAAGUGAAAAAUUGGACCUAUUAAAACAUUCUCUGGAACAGAGAUUAAAUGAGCUCCCAGAAGAUCACCCCAAAGGGUGUAUUGUUAAAGAAGAACUUGUCAUGGCCUGUUCUCCGGCAUUCAGCAAUCGGAGCAACGCUUCCUAUCACCAGAACCAGUACAGCACACUGUACAAGCCUUCACCACUAACAGGCACGUUGGAGGUCCGAAUCGCGGGCUGCACGGGUCUUUUGGAGUCUGUUCCAGGGCGUUCUCGUGGGUCUGGUACUCUUCUGCCCGCGUACAGUCCCAGUGAAAGUAGGAAUUCUUUCAUGAGCAGAACCAGCCGUGGCCUGUACGGAAGGAGUGGCAGCGGGAGCGGCCGUUACUUCAUCAAAACUGAGGACUUGUCCAAUGAAGUGAGUGCUGUCCUGAAGCUCGACAACACAGUUGUCGGGCAGACUGCAUGGAAGUCGAUAGGUGAACAGUCGUGGAAUCAGAACUUCACGGUGGAGUUGGAACGUUCUCGGGAACUGGAGAUCAGCGUUUAUUGGCGAGAUUGGCGUUCACUCUGUGCAUUAAAGUAUCUCAAGCUGGAAGAUUUCCUGGAUAAUCAGCGGCAUGAGAUUCACUUGGAUUUGGAGCCUCAGGGAGUGCUGCUGACCGAGGUCACAUUCUCCAAUCCAGUCAUUGAACGAAUACCCAAACUGCAACGGCAGAAGAAGAUUUUCUCCAAGCAGCAAGGGAAGGCUUUCCUUCGAGCUCCUCAGAUGAAUAUCAACAUUGCAACUUGGGGUCGGUUGCUGAGGAAAGCAUUUCCUGCUGUUAACUCCACCGGGACAUACAGUCCCUCAUCUUACAUGGCUGCUGUCUCCGAGGGUAGGCAGCCUCUAUCCAACAACAUGCCUGGAGACCUGUCGUUUGAGAAGUUGACGUUAGAUUUGGCAGAUGAACCCUCAAGUACACCCCGGAAAGCUUCCCUGGAGUCGAGGGGCAGCCACAAUGGAGAAAAGCCAAUGCAGACCAAUGAGACUGAUGCCAAUCAAACCGUUUCUCCACGAAAGCGAAUUUUAUCAUCAUCUGAUACAGGAGAUAAGCAGCAGAGUGUGCCUCAAAAACCUUUGUUGAGUCUACAUGAUUUCAAAUUCAUUGCUGUCCUGGGAAGGGGACAUUUUGGAAAGGUGCUCUUGUCAGAAUACAAAAAGACAGGACAACUGUUUGCCAUCAAAGCCUUGAAGAAAGGAGAUAUUGUUGCAAGAGAUGAGGUUGACAGCUUAAUGUGUGAAAAACGAAUUUUCGAGACAGUAAACCUCUCCAAUCAUCCAUUCCUGGUCAACCUAUUUGCCUGUUUUCAAACCCUCGAGCAUGUGUGUUUUGUGAUGGAAUACACAGCCGGCGGUGAUCUAAUGAUGCACAUUCACGCUGAUGUCUUCUCAGAACCUCGAGCUGUGUUCUACUCAGCUUGUGUUGUUCUUGGAUUGCAGUUUCUCCAUGACAACAUGAUCGUGUACAGGGAUCUGAAGCUGGACAAUUUGCUUUUGGACACACAGGGUUUUGUGAAAAUUGCUGAUUUUGGACUCUGCAAGGAAGGCAUGGGCUAUGGAGAACGGACAAGCACUUUCUGUGGUACUCCUGAGUUCCUUGCUCCUGAGGUUCUGACAGACACAUCCUACACACGGGCUGUAGAUUGGUGGGGACUCGGUGUCCUUAUCUAUGAGAUGUUGGUGGGAGAGUCACCAUUCCCUGGAGAUGAUGAAGAGGAAGUAUUUGACAGCAUUGUCAAUGAUGAGGUUCGAUACCCUCGAUUCCUGUCUUCAGAAGCCAUUGCCAUAAUGAGAAGGCUACUGCGAAGGAAUCCAGAGCGUCGCUUGGGAUCCAGUGAACGAGAUGCAGAGGAAGUGAAGAAACAGCCAUUCUUCAGAGAAAUAGAUUGGGAAGCCUUACUGGCAAAGAAAGUGAAGCCACCUUUCAUACCUACCAUCAAAGAUCGGGAAGAUGUCAGCAAUUUUGAUGAGGAGUUUACAGCAGAAGAAGCGAAACUGACCCCGCCGAGGGAACCUCGCGUUCUCAGUGAGAAGGAACAGAUCAUGUUCAAGGAGUUUGAUUACGUCUCUGACAACUGCUCGUGUUAAGUGACACCUUGUUCAAAACAAUUCUAGAGACUGGUUUCAUAUUUACAAAAUGUUAAGCCUUAAAACAGCAGUUAUGCGAUCAGUGCUCUGGAUGCAAUUAUUUGCCUUUUUAAAAAAGUUUUUAUUUAUAUAUAAAUAUAUAUAUAGAUGUGUAUUUCUUAGCACACUUUAUACUUUUCAAGGCUUUACAAAUCAAGAUCUUGUAAUCAAACUGACCAGAUGUACAAGAACCUGGACCACCUUGUCAGUCUGCCCUCUGUACCAAGGACAUUCACAGCCCACACAUCCUCUGAGCCAGUUGCACAGUCCCUUUCCCAGACCACAGGUCAGUGGUUUCUGUAAGUGUUCUAGCAGGGCCAAGCAUCUCACAAACAGCACAUCAGUAACACUGUCACCCUGCUGCCAUCAACCACCCAUUCGCACUAAUCCUACGUUCAUCUUGUUUUUAAUUCUGCCCACAUUCCCAUUAUUUUCUCCCCUCUAUGUUCUGCCACUCACCUACAUACGAGGGCCAAAUUACAGAGGCCAGUCGUUUGGGAUGUGGGAGGAAACCAGAGCAUCCGGGGACAACCUACAUGGUCACAGGGAGAACAUGCAAACUUCACACAGACAGUGCCGGAGGUCGGGAUUGAGCCCGGGUCUCUGGUGCAGUGAGGCAGCUGCACCCCUGUCCCACCUCUUUUACUUGUGAGGAGAGGCUGAGAGAUGAUCUGAUACAGGUUUACAAAACUUAUGGGGUAAAGGAUUGGGUAGAUAGUGAGAAACAUAUCCCAAUAUCAAAGGUAAAACUAAAGAGCAUAUGCUUCGCGUGAGGGGCAAGAGGUUUGGGAGGAUCUGAAGAGGAAAUUUCUCACCCAGAGGGGGGUUGGAAUCUGGAACCCACUGCGUGAGAGGGUGUGGAGGCAGAAGCUGUAAUGACGUUUAACAAGUAUCUGGACGAGUACUUGAAUCACUAAGGUAGUGAAAGAUACAGACUGACUGCUGGGAUGGACACUGUGUCACCUGUGCUGCAUCACUUCCUUGUCCCUCGCCAUUUACACUGUAGUCUGGCUGUACUGAGCUCCCUGUCCCUCGCCGUUCACACCGUAGUCCGGCUGUACUGAGCUCCCUGUCCCUCGCCGUUCACACUGUAGACCUGCUAUACUGAGCUCCCUGUCCCUCGCCGUUCACACUGUAGUCCGGCUGUACUGAGCUCCCUGUCCCUCGCCGUUCACACUGUGGACCUGCUGUACUGAGCUCCCUGUCCCUCGCCGUUCACACUGUGGACCUGCUGUACUGAGCUCCCUGUCCCUCGCCGUUCACGCUGUGGUCCUGCUGUACUGAGCUCCCUGUCCCUCGUCAUUCACGCUGUAGUCCGGCUGUACUGAGCUCCCUGUCCCUCGCUGUUCACACUGUAGACCUGCUGUACUGAGCUCCCUGUCCCUCGCCGUUCACACCGUAGUCCGGCUGUACUGAGCUCCCUGUCCCUCGCCGUUCACACUGUAGACCUGCUGUACUGAGCUCCCUGUCCCUCGCCGUUCACGCUGUAGACCUGCUGUACUGAGCUCCCUGUCCCUCGCCGUUCACGCUGUAGACCUGCUGUACUGAGCUCCCUGUCCCUCGCCGUUCACGCUGUAGUCCGGCUGUACUGAGCUCCCUGUCCCUCGCCGUUCACGCUGUGGACCUGCUGUACUGAGCUCCCUGUCCCUCGCCGUUCACACUGUGGACCUGCUGUACUGAGCUCCCUGUCCCUCGCCGUUCACACUGUGGACCUGCUGUACUGAGCUCCCUGUCCCUCGCCGUUCACACUGUAGACCUGCUGUACUGAGCUCCCUGUCCCUCGCCGUUCACACUGUAGUCCGGCUGUACUGAGCUCCCUGUCCCUCGCCGUUCACACUGUAGACCUGCUGUACU